GCGGGCGGACAGGAGAUGCCGCUGCUACACCGAAAGCCGUUUGUGAGACAGAAGCCGCCCGCGGACCUGCGGCCGGACGAGGAAGUUUUCUACUGUAAAGUCACCAACGAGAUCUUCCGCCACUACGAUGACUUUUUUGAACGAACCAUUCUGUGCAACAGUCUUGUGUGGAGUUGUGCUGUGACGGGUAGACCUGGACUGACCUAUCAGGAAGCACUUGAGUCAGAAAAAAAAGCAAGACAGAAUCUUCAGAGUUUUCCAGAACCACUAAUUAUUCCAGUUUUAUACUUGACCAACCUUACCCAUCGUUCACGCUUACAUGAAAUUUGUGAUGAUAUUUUUGCAUAUGUCAAGGAUCGCUAUUUUGUUGAAGAAACCGUGGAAGUCAUUAGGAACAAUGGUGCAAGGUUACAGUGUAGGAUUUUGGAAGUCCUCCCUCCAUCACAUCAGAAUGGCUUUGCUAAUGGACAUGUCAGCAGUGUCGAUGGAGAAACUAUUAUCAUCAGUGAUAGUGAUGAUUCAGAAACACAAAACAUUUCCUUUCAAAAUGGGAAGAAAAAAGAUGCAGUCGAUCCCUUAUUAUUCAAGUACAAGGUGCAACCCACUAAAAAAGAAUUGUAUGAGUGUGCUAUUGUUAAAGCAACACAAAUCAGUCGGAGAAAACACUUAUUUUCUCGUGAUAAAUUAAAGCUUUUUCUGAAGCAACACUGUGAACCACAAGAUGGAGUCAUUAAAAUUAAGGCAUCAUCUCUUUCAACAUAUAAAAUAGCAGAACAAGAUUUUUCUUAUUUCUUCCCUGAUGAUCCGCCCACAUUUAUCUUUAGUCCUACUAACAGAAGAAGAGGGAGACCUCCCAAACGAGUAUCUAUUAGUCAGGAGGACAGCGUUGCUAAUAAACAGACUAUUGCAGGUUAUAGGAACAAAGCUAUUAAAGAAAGAGACAAACUUUUGAAACAAGAAGAAAUGAAGUCACUGGUUCUAAGUUUGAUCUUCUCCACAGCUUUUGAAAAGGCUAAAUUAAAAAGAGAAAAAGCAGAUGCCCUAGAAGCAAAGAAAAAAGAAAAGGAAGAUAAAGAGAAAAAGAAGGAAGAAUUGAAGAAAAUUGUUGAAGAAGAGAGACUGAAGAAAAAAGAGGAAAAAGAGAGACUUAAAAUAGAAAGGGAAAAGGAAAGAGAAAAAUUACGUGAAGAAAAGCGAAAAUAUAUGGAAUACUUAAAACAGUGGAGUAAACCUAGAGAAGAUAUGGAAUGUGACGAUCUUAAGGAACUUCCAGAACCAACUCCAGUGAAGACUAGACUACCUCCUGAAAUCUUUGGUGAUGCUCUGAUGGUUUUGGAGUUUCUUAAUGCUUUUGGGGAACUUUUUGAUCUUCAAGAUGAGUUUCCUGAGGGAGUAACCCUAGAAGUGUUAGAGGAAGCUCUUGUAGGAAAUGACAGUGAAGGCCCACUAUGUGAAUUGCUUUUUUUCUUCCUGACUGCCAUCUUCCAGGCGAUAGCUGAAGAAGAAGAGGAAGUAGCCAAAGAGCAAAUAACGGAUGCUGACACCAAAGAUUUAACAGAGGCUUUGGAUGAAGAUGCAGACCCCACAAAAUCUGCACUGUCUGCAGUUGCAUCUCUGGCAGCUGCGUGGCCGCAGUUGCACCAGGGCUGCAGUUUGAAAAGCUUGGAUCUUGAUAGCUGCACUCUUUCUGAAAUCCUCAGACUGCACAUCUUAGCUUCAGGUGCUGAUGUAACAUCAGCAAAUGCAAAGUACAGAUACCAAAAGCGAGGAGGAUUUGACGCUACAGAUGACGCCUGUAUGGAGCUUCGUUUGAGCAAUCCCAGUCUAGUGAAGAAACUGGCAAGCACUUCAGUGUAUGAUUUGACACCAGGAGAAAAAAUGAAGAUACUUCAUGCUCUCUGUGGGAAACUCCUGACCCUAGUUUCUACUAGGGAUUUCAUUGAAGAUUACGUUGAUAUAUUACGACAGGCAAAGCAGGAGUUCCGGGAGUUAAAAGCAGAACAACAUCGGAAAGAGAGGGAAGAAGCAGCUGCUAGAAUUCGUAAAAGGAAGGAAGAAAAACUGAAGGAACAAGAACAAAAAAUGAAAGAGAAACAAGAGAAACUGAAGGAAGAGGAGCAGAGAAAUUCAGCUGCAGAUACAUCUGUUGGGGAGGAAGAAAGAGAAGAUUUUGAUACUAGCACUGAGAGCAAAGAAAUAGAGCAAAAGGAACUUGAUCAAGAUACAGUCACUGAAGAUGAAGAUGACCCAGGAUCACAUAAAAGAGGCAGAAGGGGGAAAAGGGGACAAAAUGGAUUUAAAGAAUUUACAAGACAAGAAGAGGUCAACUGUGUAACAAGAGAGCCUCUUACUGCUGAUGAGGAAGAAGCUUUAAAACAGGAACAUCAACGGAAAGAGAAAGAGCUCUUGGAAAAAAUCCAAAGUGCCAUAGCAUGUACCAAUAUCUUUCCCUUGGGCCGAGACCGCAUGUAUAGGCGAUACUGGAUUUUCCCUUCUAUUCCUGGGUUAUUUAUUGAAGAGGAUUAUUCCGGUCUCACUGAAGACAUGCUGUUGCCUAGACCUUCAUCAUUUCAGAAUAGUGUACAGUCUCAAGAUCCUCAGGUAUCCACUAAAACUGGAGAGUCUUUGACGUCUGAAUCUACCUCCAACAUUGACCAAGGUCCAUGUGAUGAUUCCCUGCAGCUGCCAAAACCAGUGCAUAAGCCAAAUCGGUGGUGCUUUUACAGUUCUUGUGAACAGCUAGACCAGCUGAUCGAAGCUCUUAAUUCUAGAGGACACAGAGAAAGUGCCUUAAAAGAAACUUUGUUGCAAGAGAAGAGCAGAAUAUGUGCACAGCUAGCCCAUUUUUCUGAAGAGAAAUUUCAUUUUUCAGACAAACCUCAAACUGAUAGCAAACCUACAUAUAGUCGGGGAAGAUCUUCCACUGCAUGUGAUUCAGCUCAGAUGUCUGCAGAAAGACAGCUUGAAUUGAGGCUGAGAGAUUUUCUUUUGGAUAUUGAAGACAGAAUCUACCAAGGAACAUUAGGAGCAAUUAAGGUUACAGAUCGACACAUCUGGAGAUCAGCAUUAGAGAGUGGACGGUAUGAGCUGUUAAGUGAGGAACACAAGGAAAAUGGGAUCAUUAAGACUGUGAAUGAAGAUGUAGAAGAGAUGGAAAUUGAUGAGCAAGCAAAGGUCAUAGUAAGAGACAGACUUUUGGGCAUAAAAACAGAAACUCCAAGUACUGUCUCAACUAAUGCAAGUACCCCCCAGUCAGUGAGCAAUGUGGUUCAUUAUCUGGCAAUGGCGCUUUUUCAGAUAGAGCAGGGCAUUGAGCGGCGUUUUCUCAAAGCUCCACUUGAUGCCAGUGACAGUGGGCGUUCUUACAAAACAGUCCUGGACCGUUGGAGAGAGUCUCUCCUUGCUUCUGCUAGUCUAUCCCAAGUCUUUCUUCAUCUGUCCACCUUGGAUCGUAGCGUGAUAUGGUCUAAAUCUAUACUGAAUGCUCGUUGCAAGAUAUGCCGAAAGAAGGGUGAUGCUGAAAACAUGGUACUUUGUGAUGGCUGUGAUCGGGGUCAUCAUACCUACUGUGUUCGACCAAAGCUCAAGACUGUGCCUGAAGGAGAUUGGUUUUGUCCAGAGUGUCGGCCAAAGCAACGUUCUAGGAGACUCUCCUCUAGACAGAGACCAUCCUUGGAAAGUGAUGAAGAGAUGGAAGACAGUAUGGAAGGUGAGGAUGAUGAAGUUGAUGAUGAUGAUGAAGAGGGUCAAAGUGAGGAGGAGGAGUAUGAGAUAGAACAAGAUGAAGAUGACUCUCAAGAAGAGGAGGAAGUCAGCCCACCAAAACGAGGAAGACCGCAAGUUAGAUUGCCAAUUAAAACAAGAGGGAGACUUAGCUCUUCUUUCUCAAGUCGUGGCCAACGACAAGAUCCUGGAAGAUAUACUUCAAGGAGUCAGCAGAGUACACCCAAAACAACUGUUUCCUCUAAAACCACUGGUAGAAGCCUUAGAAAGAUAAAGUCUGCCCCUCCAACAGAAACUAAAUCUUUAAGAAUUGCCGGUCGUUCUACUCGCCAGAGUUAUGGCCCACUGCAAGCAGAUGUAUUUGUGGAACUACUUAGUCCUCGUAGAAGACGCAGAGGCAGGAAGAGUGCUAAUAAUACACCAGAAAAUAGUCCCAACUUCCCUAACUUCAGAGUCAUUGCCACAAAGUCAAGUGAGAAGUCAAGAUCUCUCAAUGUUACUCCAAAACUUUCUCUCCAAGAUAGUGAAUCCAAGAGAAGAGGAAGGAAAAGACAAUCUACAGAAUCCUCUCCUAUGACCCUGAGUCGAAGGAGUUCAGGCCGACAAGGAGGAGUUCAUGAAUUGUCUGCUUUUGAACAGCUUGUUGUGGAACUGGUACGGCAUGAUGACAGCUGGCCGUUUUUGAGACUUGUUUCCAAAAUCCAGGUCCCAGACUAUUAUGACAUCAUCAAAAAGCCCAUUGCCUUAAAUAUAAUUCGUGAAAAAGUGAACAAAUGUGAAUAUAAAUUAGCAUCGGAAUUUAUCGAUGAUAUUGAGUUAAUGUUUUCGAACUGCUUUGAGUACAACCCUCGUAACACAAGUGAAGCAAAAGCUGGAACUAGGCUUCAAGCAUUUUUUCAUAUUCAGGCUCAAAAACUUGGACUCCAUGUCACACCUGGGAAUGUGGAUCAAGUUAGCACACCACCAGCCGCAAAAAAGUCACGAAUCUAAUUUUGUCCUUCUAAAGGAUAUAUUUGAGGAAAACAAAUUGUUCACGAAAAUGGAACAUUAAAUCAUGCUCUAAAGCAGACAUAUAUAUAUAAAGCAAUAACAACUGAUUGACCACACUGAAGUGUGGCCUGCACUAUAUUCUCAAUUUUAAUAUUAAGCACUCAGGAGAAUGUAGGAAAGAUUUCCUUUGCUACAGUUUUGUUCAGUAUCUAAUAAGUUUGAUAGAUGUAUUGGAUACAGUACUGGUUUACAGAGGUUUUUGUACAUUUUGAGAUCAUUCAUGUGUCCCAAUAUCUUUGAAAAUAUUUUUUCACCUGUGAUUUAUUUUGUCAUUGAUUUUUUUUUUAGAAGUGGUAUUAAGGAAGAUUUAUCUGUAUACAGAUAAAUCUAUUAUAGCACAGUUUAGAAAAGUAUAUAUGUCUAAGAAUUGUUUAAUGAGCACAUUCUUUCAACACUACACAUGAAUGAAUCCAAUUUUAUAUCCUUGAAGUGCUGUACCAGUGCUGGCUGGAGGUAUUAAGUCUGAGUUUAUUAACUAGAUAUUUAUUUAGCAUUCAAAAUAAUUUGUGAAUUUGUUUUGUAUUUAUAAAAUUUGUACCUGGAAAAUGUUCUUUAAUUUUUUAAACAUUUUACUGUGUUUUUGUUUUCUUUCUCUAACUUCCUUAAUGAUCAGUCAAUAAAAGGUAACACCGCUCCCCUUCUCCCUGACAGUUCUUCCAGUUUUUUUAGAACUGUAUUACAACUUUCUAUGUACAACUUUUUAAGUGUACAAAUAAAAUGAUACAUGUUUUUCAAGUA